UUCAGAGAACGUUGAUGGCAAUUAAGUUGCGAUAUUACUGUUGGUUCAGACAUUGCGAAGAUUGAUACUUAACGAGAAGAGGAUUGAAAGGCCUAUGAAUAGCCAUCGAAGAGUAUGAAUGACCGUGACUCGUCGGCGGCUGCAUCGACGCGAGAUUCUUUCCGAUAGCGGCGUCGAUUGCAGACGUCGGCGACUGACGUCAUCAUCAUUAUUCAUCUUACUCUAAUAGUAACAACGACCAUACAUCGAAAUCAUGGAGACAGAAGAGUUUUUUGCAAACCUACACUAUCUACCGAUAGCUGUUUUUAUAUCUCUGCCUACGGUUUUUAUUUUAACGUACGUAAUCGCUGUCUUACUAGGACAUGUAGAAGCUGGAUUUCCUUAUAUUUCUGACGCAGCAACUUAUGCACCAGAAAGUUGCAUUUUUUCUCAAGCUGUUAAUCUGAUCACUAUACUGAUGUGUUUUAUGAUCUACGUAAGAUAUUCCCAAGUUAAGGAGUGCAUCAAAACUUUUGCUUCAUCGACUUCUUUGCCGAAAUGGAAUUAUUGGGCCUUAGUUUUCGGCCUUAUAUCAUCCGCCGGUCUAUCAAUCGUCGCAAACUUUCAAGAAACUUCAGUGAUAGUAGUUCAUCUCAUCGGUGCGUUACUCUGUUUUGGAGGUGGCACCGCAUAUUUUUGGACGCAGGUAUAUAAAAUAAAAAAUUAUGUACUCAAAGCGCACUGAUAAUAAGAAAAUCGUUAAAUUCAUUAUUAAUAUAAAAAUAGAUAAAAACU